UUGUUCCUUUUUAUAAUCAUGUAAUGAUGGUAUAUAUAAAAUUCUUGGAGAAAAAAUGCAGAGAUGCGAAGCACGAUGGUAAAGACUGGGACUUUGACGCAACCGAUAUCGUCAAUAUAAUUGAUCCCAAAGAUGUGGACAGAAUAUAUAAUUACUUAAGUACAGCUGUCAAAGACUGGAAUAAAACUUCAAAAAGAAGGGUUGCAAAAAUUGAAAUGAUUGUAAAUAAAUUAGCACCCCUUAUAAAAAAAUUGAUUCAAGAUCUGCCUAACAUCAUUGGACUUGACAACCUUGCUAACAUUGCCAAAAAAAUGUUAGACAUCAUUGAGUCUCUUAAGGAUGAGUUUGGCGAAACGGGCGAAACGGUUCUAGUAGAUACCGUUGAAAUAGUACAUACGGCAAAAACGAAGGGUUUAUUAGCUGGGGCUAAGAAAUUGAUUGAAAAAGCUAGUAAAAUACCGGGAAACAUAGUAGAAACAGUAGAAACAGUAAUUGGGUAAAGAUUACGAUACCAUAAACUCUGUGUGGUUACACUAAAUACAUAAGUCC